GCCACAUGCUGUGCUUUGGUGAAUUGAUUCCACUGCAGUAAUGUGCAUUGAAUUAAUACCGUUACUUAUAGUGAGUGUUUUAAACGCAGGAUGGGAAGGUUAAUUGAAACAGAACAACGUGAUUGCAUUCCUUUCACACAGCGAUAUCCACCUGCCAUACCUCGACACGUCUUAACGUGCCUUAGGCGAAACGGCAAUGUUGCAGAGAACAAGCAGGCCACAAUAAGCUAAUAGGCUGUAUAACUAACGGCGGGAACCAACUAGUAUUUCUUUUCUUUUUUUUUUUUUAGUUCUAACUCUUGUGCUGAGAGUGGACUCACAACCAUCCCAGCACCACCUCCGCUCUCUUCUACACCACAUCUGGCCGCGCGCCACGAAAAGAACUGGUUUAGCGCUGCACGCGCUGUGUUUCGGGAAAAGCGCACGCGCGCGCUCACCCAGUGACGUCGCUCUCCGGGGCGCGCGCUCCGCUCCUGCUUCAGUCUCCGGUCCCGGAGUCCGGUGUGUGAGAGGAAGAGAGUCUGUCUUUCAGCGUCCCGCCGCGACCGUGAAGGAAUCCGUGAAUGAACAGCUGAGGCGAGGAGCAGAAUGGGUUGGACAUGAACCAUGAAGUGAAGAAGUGGACACCGAGACAAAGCGAGGUCAUGUUAAUGGCCGAAUGUGCGAGAGAACGGUUCCACUCGGAAACGCCUCUUCACUACCUGGAGGUGCCGUGUAUGGACAGAUUCCUCCCAAAUGAAUAUUGUCUCCAAGAACAAGUCUGUAACAUUAUGGUGAAACCACAAUGGACAUCCUUAACUCUAUAGACUUCACCUUCUCAUAGCAACGCCAGUGGGGUGAACAUCAAAAAUAGGUUCAUCACAUGAGUUUCAGUCUCCAGCCCUCAUACAUGAGUGUGAGGAUCUGUCCUGAGCACCUCACUACCAGCUAGUGACCAAGGCAGAAGUCCAGCUGUUUAAGGAUGGGGGCUCUAGCAGGACCACUUAUGGGUGGCUUCAGCUCUACCACUGCCUCUUUGGACAUCAGUGGCUGGGUGACCUGGCCUGGGAACACCACCAUAAGCCUGAACCAGAGCCUGUUUUGGACCGACUCCAGCGCCAACCUUUCCUCCGCCUCGUCUUCCAGUCAGGGAAUAGCCAAGGAAGUGAUCAAAGAGAAGAACUGGCCAGCGCUCCUCAUACUCAUCAUCAUCCUGCUGACCAUAGGAGGGAACAUUCUUGUUAUUAUGGCCGUGUCGCUGGAGAAGAAGCUACAGAACGCAACUAAUUUCUUCCUGCGGUCUUUGGCUGUGGCAGACAUGUUGGUGGGCAUCCUAGUAAUGCCCAUCUCGCUCAUCAACAUCCUGUAUGACUAUGUGUGGCCACUUCCUGAAGCUCUGUGCCCAAUCUGGAUCUACUUAGAUGUGCUUUUCUCCACGGCCUCAAUCAUGCACCUGUGUGCCAUCUCUCUGGACCGCUACGUGGCUAUCUGCAACCCCAUCCAACACAGCCGCUUCAACUCGCGCACCAAAGCCAUGCUGAAAAUCGCUGCUGUCUGGACCAUCUCUAUAGGUAUCUCCAUGCCUAUUCCCGUGAUUGGCCUACGCAACACAGAUAAAGUUUUUGUUGAUGGAAGCUGCAUGCUGAACGAGGAGCGUUUUGUGCUGGUCGGCUCCUUCGUGGCCUUCUUCAUCCCUCUUGUCAUUAUGGUGGUCACAUACUGCUUAACUGUCCAGGCCCUUCAGCGUCAAGCCUCUGUCUUCCUCUGUGAAGCUAAAGCCUCUUCCCAGCAGCCCUUGCAGCCGGCAGCCUCGUCCUCAUCUCAGCUGGCUCCGCCCCCUGUGCCCUCCCGUCGUAGCAGCCUGAACUGUCUGCGGUUUGGAAACUCACUGAGUCCAGCGACACCCGACAGCAUCUCCAUGGCGGCUGGGUCAGAGGCACCAUCUCAGCUUAGCUCUCCGGCUGUAUCCCACGGCCGCCGUGGCAUGAUGCAGGCCAUCAAAAACGAGCGGCGAGCAUCCAAGGUCCUGGGCGUAGUAUUCUUCCUCUUCCUGCUCAUGUGGUGCCCAUUUUUCAUCACCAAUGUGCUGUUUGUGCUGUGUCGUGGUGCAUGCAAUGAGCCCCUGCUCUCCGACCUGCUCAACGUGUUUGUGUGGGUGGGCUACAUCUCGUCAGGUGUGAACCCUCUAGUAUACACUCUCUUCAAUAAGACCUACAGGCGUGCCUUCUCCAACUACAUGCGCUGCCAGUAUAGCGGAGUCCGCCUCAAGCCUGUGGCCAUCCAUGUACCAUGCCCUUCACAAGCCGCUGUCACGCCGCUUCUAAUUUGCGUAGAUGUUGACCGGAACAGUAACUGCCGCAAUGGAGACGGCAACGCACUUCAGAAGCUAGAGCUGCCUGACAUUGACACUCAUAUUGGGAUAGAGCUACAAACUAGAGUGUCAGCGCUAUCCGUCAACAGCUGCCAUAAUUUGGCAGAACACACCAGCAGUGUUUGAUUCACUAUGGCUGAGCCAUCUGCUGUAGCAUGGCCACCAGGAUCAUCUAUGUGUGUCUGAAAAAACUCCUUUUUACUCAAGGAAAGCGCCACCCCAAUGGAACCCACACCAGCAAUGGGGUUGGCUAUCACCAAACUGUAGAAUGUAUGCUGGCAGAGCACGGGGGGAUGAUUUACUUCAUCAGGGACUAAACCUGGUUCACAUGCAUUAGGACAAUCCAGGACACUCUGCACUGUGUGGGAAUUGAAUCUGAAGUUUUAAAAAAAAAUCUGUAAUAUCAUGAUGUGUUUGAACAGGUUCAGAUAUCCGAAUGCCAUAAUGUGUUGCAUGGCUUAAUCUAGUUUUUCAAUAAAACAAUACACAACAGUGUGAAUGAGCAACAAGGCUUCCAAACAGAGAGCUCUAGCUCCCUCAUGCGGUUAUUUACAAAAAUUCAAGGUGGCUUCUGAGAUGCGAGAGAAAGGAGGCUGACCUACAUUCACCACCAAAAACUAUCAGGCAUUAAAUUAUCUACAACAAGCACAUCAAAGCUUUGAAUAAAUGACGUUUCCAUUGCAUAUGUUUGUUUCAAUAUACCUUUCAAUCAUUGGUAGGUAACAGUCUAUCUAUGCAUAAUAAUCAAUGCAUUUUGGAAUGGCAGGAACUGGAAUGUUUUAUUUCAUCUAACCUGACAGAUUAGAAGAGAAAAGCCUAAAGAAGUCCUCCGAUCAUCUCAUAACCACAAACCCACCUGUAAUUGCGCAUCCUUGGCAAAUUUCUAAUCAAAGCAUGCAGUGUUUUGGCUAGCUAAGGUAUGGCACCAGAGCUAUGCUUUAAAUCAUGACGUUGAGACGUGGUUUAGAUUUACGUAGAAAAUGUUGCAACGUCAUAAGUCAAAGAAAUGUUACUCUCCCAAAAGCUACUUUCUCAAUCAAUGCCACAACUGUUGGAGAAUUUUCUCUUGAAUGUAAAUGUCCGUUAUCUAGUGGUGUUGCGAUGAAGUCCGAACACACAGGAGAACUACACAGAAUGCAUGAAAAGCCACAUCUCAAACAGCAAAACCUAAUCUGUCAGAUCCAAACCUUAUGUUCAGAGGAACUAUAGUUGUGAGUUGUUGUGUAAAAUGCUGUAAAUGCUUGUUGUUUUGUGAGUGUGUAGAAUUUUAGUACUCAGUAAUAUAUAAAAGGCAAUUCAUUCAGACUGCCAUUUUAUACCAAAACCUGUGAAUGCUUGUUCAAAUCACUUCUCCUGUUUCAAUCAUUAACACAUGACCUUUUUGUGAUGCUGCUAUUUAUUUAAUAAACUUCCAUUAUCAUUCG